AAAUCUUCAAUUUUUGCGGGUUAAAGUUCAUCUCUUUCGUUCCUUGCAAAACCCUAACAAUGGCGAGACCUCCUCCUCAUGUCGCUUGUCCAGAUUGCAAUGGAGAUCCUCCUUGUUCCGAUUGCGGUAGAUGUAUUCACAAUCAAUUUUUGGAAUCUGAAUUGGAAAAAUGGUUUCAGAAUCUUAAGAUUCAUGAAGGGAGAAAAAUUGAGGCUCAAGACCCAGAAAUUGAGCGUCUUGACAGACUAAUUGAGUCUCGAGGCAGAGAAAUUGAGCGUCUUCACAGACAAUGGACUCAUCUGGUUACUGACUUUGCUAAGAAGGUGCCUUGUGAAAUAGACAAGGAGGAGCUUGCUGAAAUAGCUAAGAGGCCCUGUUCUAUGGAAAGCGGGAAGCAGCUUCUUGAAAUACUUAAGAAGCAUUUUCCUGAAUGGCGAAAUGCAGGAGGCUUCAUGGAAUCGUAGGAGCACACUGACGUUCAUCAUCAGGGAAGUCGUGGAAACGAAGCCUCUGCAUAAUUCAACUAUUUUUUCAUUGAUAGCACAUUAGUUAGAGCGUUGAGUAUUUACAACUUACUACUAAGUUUACUUCUCUUUGUGACUUAUAAACACUGGUAGUCCUCUUACCAAUGGUUAAUGCAAUCUUUUUGUGUUUUUCUCUUUA